ACACUGGAUGUGACCUUUAACCCAUGGCUCUCGUCUCUUGUCGUUUCAGGGUCUCAGAUUAAAAGGUUCAUCUCUCUGCGCUUUGUAUCCGAGCCUUCGGACACGGUGACGGUUCGAGGUGGCUCUGUCCUCCUGAACUGCUCGGGGGUGGCAGACCAGGGCCCUGCGGUGACUGUCAGCUGGCGGAAAGAUGGCGUCUUCCUCAACCUGGCCCUGGACGAGAGGAGGCAGCAGCUGCCUGACGGAUCCCUCCUCAUCCAGAACGUGGUACAUUCCCGGCACCACCGGCCCGACGAGGGACUGUACCAAUGCCAGGCCUCGGUGGAGGGGACCGGGGCCAUCGUCAGCAGGACAGCCCGGAUCACCGUGGCGGGCCCGUUGAGGUUCAUCUCUAUGACGGAGCCGGUCUCGGCUUACGCGGGAGACAGUGCCAUCCUGAGGUGUGAAGUGACGGGCGAGCCCAUGCCCUCCAUCCACUGGCAGAAGAACCGGGAGGACCUGAAGCCUAGCGUGGGCGAUGCCAGGCUCUCAGUUCUGCCCUCCGGCUCCCUGGCCAUCAGUAAACUACAGGCAUCCGAUGCUGCUUCCUACCGGUGCUUGGCUGAGAAUCCCGGGAGCUCUCGCACCGGAAACGAUGUCGACCUGAAAGUCCUGUCUGAAUCUGGAGUUAAUCGGCAAAUCGCCUUCCUUCAGCGGCCAUCCAACCUGGCGGUCCUGGAGGGAAGGGACGGAAUUCUGGAAUGUUCUGUCUCUGGAUUUCCAGCCCCCUUGGUGAUUUGGAAGAAAGGAGAUGAAAUUAUUCAGACCAGGUCGAGGAAGCACUCACUGCUGGCUGGCAGUAACCUGCUGAUCAGAGGCGUGACUGAGAUAGACGCUGGCUUGUACACAUGUGCCACUAGCUACAGGAACGAGACCAUCAGUGCCUCGGCGGAGCUCACUGUGAUGGUUCCUCCCAGCUUCGUUAGAUACCCUUCCAACCUGUACGCCUAUGAGAGUAUGGACAUAGAGUUUGAAUGUUCCUUCACUGGAGUGCCAUCGCCUAUUGUCAAGUGGAUCAAGAACGGUGAAGUGGUCAUCCCCAGCGAUUACUUUCAGAUUGUGAGCGGCAGUAACCUGAGAGUGCUGGGGCUGGUCAGGUCAGACGAAGGGUUUUACCAGUGUAUGGUGGAGAAUGACGUGGGCAGCGUACAUGCCAGUGGGCAGCUGAUCAUUUCCGAGCCAGCCUUACCAAGCUCCAGUGUCCUCCCCUCGGCCCCUCGGGAUGUGGUCCCUGUCCUAGUGUCCAGUCGCUUUGUCCGUCUGAGCUGGCGCCCACCUGUCGAGACCCACGGAGCAAUCCAGACCUACUCCGUCUACUUCACAAGAGAAGGCAUCAACAGGGAACGUGCCCUCAACACCUCUCAGCCUGGGGACCUGCAGCUCACCGUGGGGAACCUGAAGCCCGAAGAGACCUAUUUGUUCAGGAUUGUGGCCUACAGCGAUGUGGGGCCAGGCCAGACCUCGCAGGCCAUUAAGGUCUCCACCCAGCCUGAGCUACAAGUUCCUGGAUCACCAGAAAACCUUAGAGUUUCCUCCACCUCCUCCAGCUCCAUCAUGGCCUCUUGGGAACCCCCAGCGUAUGCAAAUGGUCCAAUCCAAGGCUACAGGUUCUUUUGGAUGGAGAUUACCAACCGCAAUGAGCAGAGUGUUGAGGUGGACGGCUUGUCGUACAGACUGGAGGGGCUCAGGAAGUUCACAGACUACAGCCUGCGGGUGUUGGCUUUCAAUAGACAUGGUGCUGGGGUGUCUACCGAGGAUGUGCUGGUCAGCACAUUGUCCGACGUGCCAAGUGGAGCUCCGCAGAAUGUCUCUCUGGAGGUGGUCAACUCCCGGAGUAUUAAGGUCAGCUGGCUGUCACCACCUCCCAACCAGCAGAAUGGCUUCAUCACCGGCUACAAGAUCCGGCACAGAAAGAUUGGCCGCAGAGGCGACUUGGAAACCCUGGAGCCCAAUAACCUCUGGUACCUCUUCACAGGUCUGGACAAAGGCGGACACUACAGUUUUCAAGUUGCCGCUAUGACAGUGAACGGGACAGGCCCACUGUCUGAGUGGCGCACGGUCGAAACACCUGAAAAUGACCUGGACGAAUCUCAGGUUCCAGACCAGCCAAGCUCCCUACAUGUUAGACCACUCACCACCAGCAUUGUGAUGAGCUGGACUCCACCUCUGAACCCCAACAUCGCCGUGAGGGGGUACAUCAUCGGCUAUGGGGUGGGGAGCCCCUAUGCCGAGACUGUGAGGGUGGACAGCAAACAGCGCUACUUCUCCAUCGAAAACCUAGAACCCAGCUCCCACUAUGUCAUUUCCCUGAAGGCCUUAAACAACGCUGGGGAGGGAGUUCCGCUGUACGAGAGUGCCACCACCAGGGCCUUGUCAGACCCUGUUGACCCUUUAGAUGUUGAUUUGUUCCAUUUGUUUGGUGACCUCCCAACCUCAGUCCCAGAGACCUCCACCCCCAUGCUACCACCUGUAGGUGUCCAGGCCAUGUCGGUCAGCCACGACUCUGUCCGUGUCAGCUGGGCAGACAACUCGGCCCCCAAGAACCAGCGGUUGGUGUCUGAGGUGCGUUUUUACACCGUGCGAUGGAGGACCAGCUACUCUGCCAACACCAAGUUCAAGUCUGCAGAUACCACAGCCCUGAGCCAUACCGUCACCGGCCUCAAACCCAACACCAUGUAUGAGUUCUCCGUCAUGGUAACCAAAGGUCGGAGGUCCAGCACGUGGAGCAUGACGGCUCAUUCUAAAACGUUUGAAGCCGCACCCACCUCGGCCCCAAAGGAUCUGACGAUCAUCAGCAGAGAGGGUAAGCCUCGAGCUGUCAUCAUCAGCUGGCAGCCACCAAUAGAGGCCAACGGAAAGAUUAUCGGUUACUCCAUGUUCUACACGACUGAGAAGAACGCACCAAUUGAUGACUGGGUGAUGGAGCCGGUCAGUGGGGACAGGCUGACCCACCAGAUCCUGGACCUCAACCUGGACGCGCUCUACUACUUCCGAAUCCAGGGUCGCAACGCCAAGGGCCUGGGACCCCUGUCAGACCCCGUCCUGUUCAGAACACCUAAAGUUGAACACCCUGAUAAAAUGGCUAAUGACCAAGGUCGGAGCGUGCACGGAGAUGGAGGCUUCUGGCCGGCCGACACCAACCUGAUCGACAGAAGCAGCCUGAACGAGCCCCCGAUUGGUCAGAUGCACCCACCGCACGGCAGCGUGACUCCUCAGAAGAACAGUAACCUGCUGGUGAUCAUCGUGGUGUCCAUCGGAGCCGUGACCGUGGUCGUGGUCAUUGUGGUGGCUAUCAUCUGUACCCGCCGUUCCUCAGCACAGCAGAGAAAGAAACGUGCAGCACACAGUGGAGGUAAAAGGAAGGGGAGCCAAAAAGACCUGAGGCCCCCAGACCUGUGGAUCCACCACGAGGAGAUGGAGAUGAAAAACAUUGAGAAGCCCCCAGGCACAGAGCCCAGUGUCAGAAGCUCACCCGCACACCAAAGCUGUCAGAACAUCACCCCCGUCAGCCAGAGCCAGUCAGAACACCAGCUGACCAGCAAGAGUGGCUCUCACUCAGGGCCCGAUCCUGAUGAAGUGGGGAGCAGCAUGUCAACUCUUGAACGUUCAGUCACUGCUCGUAGAGGCACACGUCCUAAACUGAUGAUUCCUAUGGACUCUCAACCCAGCAACCCAACUGUGGUCAGUGCUAUUCCUGUCCCGACAUUGGAAAGUGCCCAGUAUCCUGGCAUCCUGCCCUCCCCGACCUGCGGAUACCCACACCCGCAGUUCACACUGCGCACCAUGCCCUUCCCCACACUCACCGUCGAUCGGGGGUUCGUAUCAGCCAUGAGUGAGGUCCCAGUCUCGCACACUCAGCAGCCGUCUAUGUUAACCCAGACCCAGGUUGAACACCCGUCGGGGGAGGAGGCCCCGAGCAGAACCAUCCCUACAGCCUGUGUCCGACCCACUCAUCCACUCCGCAGCUUCGCAAACCCCCUGCUACCUCCCCCCAUGAGUGCCCUGGAGCCCAAAGUCCCCUACACACCUCUCCUCUCUCAACAACCAGGUUCUAACCUUACCCUGAGUCACGGCAAGACAGCCUCGCUGGGAUUGGCCGGCAAAGCCAGAUCACCGCUGCUUCCUGUGUCCGUACCCACAGCCCCAGAGGUGACAGAGGAGAGCCACAGGACAGAGGAGCAUUCUAAUGUGUACGAACAGGAUGACCUAAGUGAGCAAAUGGCCAGUCUGGAGGGUCUCAUGAAGCAACUAAAUGCCAUCACAGGCUCCGCUUUCUAA